AUGCUGCCCGCUUUCCCACGGGUCCUGCCGAGCCUCCUAAUGUGCUGGGCCUCCCUGCACCAGGCUCCACUGCAGCUGGGCUCUCACGGAGGGGGCCUCCUGGCUGCAGGACCAGGGCAGCCGUGGAUGGAUCUUCCCAUGGCCUGCGUGGCCUGCUCGGACCGCCAGUUCUGCCUGCGGCCAGGUCUCAUCCCGCUGCAGCUGCUGAGGUUAAUGAAGGAGGCCUGGCCCCCCGCCCAGCCCCCCUCCCAUGCCACGGAGAAUUGCAAUUUAGCAAGUUCGUCAAAUGCCGAGGCGGGGGCCCAGAGCCGCAUCUGCGACAUCAAGGCGUCCCAGCAGCACUGGGGGGCCUCCCGGUCCCCAUCCGCCUCUGCACCCGGCCCGCUUCCCACAGGCCUGGAUUAG